AUGAUGGUUCUCGAGGAACUGCGCCGUGCGCGCAACUCUAUUUUCGACCCCGACGACGUCCCGAUCGGUUACGAACGCUUUAGCGGCAAAAAUCCUAGCUGGUGGCGUCGCCGAACUGCGCUGGAAAAGGUUCUUACGCUUAUCAGCGUCGUGUGCGGAGUAGCCGUAGUGGCGUUAAUCAUAUCGCUGCUCACCGUUGUGCUUACGGACAGAAUACAGAGUGAAAGUAGCUCAUCGUCAGCCCAACCCCUAACCGGUGGAAGACGUGGCAAAGCACUGAACAAGCAUCCGAACACCUACAAUGCCGUUACCGAAAAGGGUACGGAAAACAUCUGUCUUACGCCUGGAUGCAUCCAUUCGGCCUCGAAAGCGUUGGAUCAGAUGGAUCGUGACGUGGAACCGUGUGAUGAUUUCUACAACUACGCUUGCGGCAAGUUCGUCAAAGAAACGAUCAUCCCGGAUGAGAAGGUUUCGGUGAACACGUUCUCCGUGAUAGGCGAUCGGCUGCAGCAACAGCUCCGUUCGCUGGUCAGCGAAGAAAUCUCCGAAAGCGAGGCUACACCGUUCAAGCUCGCUAAGAAUCUGUACAAGCUGUGUAUGAACAAGACGCGUAUCGAGGAGAAGGGCAUUAAGCCACUGUUGGAUAUUCUGGACGUGCUCGGAGGAUGGCCCGUACUGAAGGGCGACAGCUGGGAUCAGGAUUCGUCCUGGUCGUGGGUGAAGUCGGUGAAGGAUUUCCGCAACAAUGGAUACAGUACGGAUUACUUCUUCGAUUUCUCCAUCGGAAGCGAUUUGAAGAAUUCAACCCGUCGUAUCAUUGAUACUGAUCAAGCGUCGCUGGGCAUUAGCCGCGAGUAUCUUGUCAAAGGCAUGGAAAAUCCGAUCGUUUCCGCCUACUACAACUACAUGGUCGACAUGGCCGUACUGUUGGGUGCGGAAGAGGAACGUGCCAAACGGGAAUUGCUUGAGUCGCUCAACUUCGAAAUUGCGCUGGCCAACAUUUCACUGCCAAACGAGAAACGCCGUAACGCUACCGCACUCUACAAUCCUAUGACGGUGAAAGAGUUCCAGCAGCGUUAUUCCUACACUAACUGGUUGGAAUACUUUAACGCCAUCCUGAAGGAUACGGGCAUCGUGAUCGGUGAGGAGGAAGUCAUUAUCGUGAGUGUGCCCACGUUUAUGGAAGCGUUAGGACCGCUGCUACAGAACACCCCGAAGCGCGUAAUGGCCAACUACGUGAUGUGGCGCAUCAGUGGAUUCUCGUCCUUCUUCCUCACGGAGAAGCUCCGCAAGCGCCAGCUGCAGUACAGUACUGCGCUGAGCGGUAAGCAGGAGCAGGAACCACGGUGGAAGGAGUGUGUCGACAUCACGUCUGGCAGUUUACCGAUAUCGGUCGGUGCACUGUACAUCCGGAAGUAUUUCCGCGAGGACUCGAAGCGUGCCGCACUCGACAUGGUGAAUGACAUCAAGAGCGUGUUUGUGGAUAUACUGAAGAAGGUCGACUGGAUGGAUGAGGUAACGCGUGUGUCUGCGCUCGAGAAGGUUUCGACCAUGGCCACCCACAUAGGCUAUCCGGACGAGCUGAUGGACGACGCCAAGAUAGCUGAGUACUACAAGGAUCUGGAGUUCCAGCCGGACAGCAACUACCUGAACACCAUCCUGUACAUGAACAAGUUUGGCACGACGAAAGCGUUCAAAAAGCUGCGCAUUCCGGUCAACAAAACCGAUUGGAUCACACACUCGAGACCAGCGAUCGUGAACGCUUUCUACUCAUCGAUCGAGAACAGCAUUCAGUUCCCGGCCGGUAUUUUGCAGGGUCAGUUCUUCUCUUACGAUCGCCCGAAGUACAUGAACUAUGGUGCGAUUGGAUUUGUCAUCGGUCACGAGAUCACGCACGGAUUCGACGACCAGGGUAGACAGUUUGACAAGAACGGCAAUCUGGUCGACUGGUGGCAAUCGGACACCAAGAAAGCCUACCUGGAGAAGGCACGCUGCAUUAUUGAGCAGUACGGCAACUACACGGAACCGAACGUGAAGCUGAACCUGAACGGUAUCAACACGCAGGGCGAAAACAUCGCCGACAACGGUGGCAUCAAGGAAGCGUAUUACGCGUACCGCAAAUGGGCCGAAAAGAAUGGACCCGAGCAGCGCCUGCCAGGUUUGGACCUUAGUCCGGAGCAGAUGUUCUGGCUAUCGGCUGCCCAAACCUGGUGCUCGGUGUAUCGUCCGGAGACGAUGAAAAUGCGCAUCACCACCGGGGUCCACUCGCCCGGACAGUUCCGCGUGCUUGGACCGAUGAGCAAUAUGCACGAGUUUGCGAAGGACUUCAACUGCCCGGUCGGUUCUCCCAUGAACCCGGAGCACAAGUGUGAAGUGUGGUAG